CAAAUACGUACCAUUAUUACAUUAAAAAUAUCUUUGUCAUCUCUUACCUCAGUCUCUGUCACGUACCGACGUACGUACUGUUCUUAGUCAACAAUGAGCUCUGCAGCCGCAAAUGAAAAUUGCCUUGGAUGGGCCGCAAGAGAUGCAUCUGGGGUUCUCUCACCUUACAAAUUCAGCCGUAGGGCUGUUGGAAAAGAUGACGUUUCUAUAAAAAUCACGCACUGCGGAAUCUGUUAUGCCGAUGUAAUUUGGACCAGGAACAAAUUUGGAGACUGCAUGUAUCCCGUAGUGCCUGGACAUGAGAUUGCUGGAAUUGUGAAAGAGAUUGGUUCCAAUGUCGAGCGUUUCAAAGUUGGCGACCAUGUUGGGGUGGGAGCUUUUGUUGACUCUUGCAGAGAUUGUGAGUAUUGUGAUGAUAAACUAGAAAUUCAUUGUCUAAAGCGAGCUGUUGGCACUUAUAAUGCCGUAGAUGUGGAUGGUACAAUCACAAAAGGAGGAUACUCAAAUUCCAUUGUUGUCCAAGAAAGGUACUGCUAUACGAUUCCUGAAAGCUAUCCAUUGGCUUCAGCAGCGCCUUUGCUUUGUGCUGGAAUUACUGUUUACACUCCCAUGAUGCGGCAUAAGAUGAAUCAAGCUGGAAAAUCUCUUGGAGUGAUUGGCCUUGGUGGUCUUGGUCACAUGGCAGUGAAGUUUGGCAAGGCUUUUGGGUUGAACGUAACUGUUCUCAGCACAAGCAUAUCCAAGAGAGAGGAAGCCCUGACUCUACUUGGUGCAGACAAAUUUGUUAUUUCAUCUGACCAAGAGCAGAUGGCGGCCCUGGCAAAGUCAUUGGAUUUUAUUAUUGAUACAGCAUCUGGUGACCACCCAUUUGACCCCUACCUUUCGCUUUUGAAGACUUCUGGUGUUCUGGUCCUGGUGGGUGCCCCAAGUGAAGUCAAGUUCAGUCCUUUACCCCUUUUACUUGGUAGGAUAACCGUUUCUGGUAGUACAACCGGAGGCACGAAGGAGACACAAGAAAUGAUAAACUUCUGUGCUGCGCACGGAAUUCAUCCCAACAUAGAAGUGAUUCCAAUUCAGUAUGCAAAUGAAGCUCUUGAGAGGCUGAUAAAGAGCGAUGUCAAAUACCGGUUUGUGAUUGAUAUCGAAAACUCCCUGAAAUGAAGCAUGUAGAGAAAAGAGGGAUUCCUCUUUUUCAAUACAUACGCUAAUAUGUUUAACGCGGAUUUGAGGAAUUGGACAAGAUAGACACUCAAAGAAUAAGGUCAUUGGUGAUGUUUCAUAGCUUGGUUGUAGUGCAUUUGCUUCUCUGCAACAAUAUGCACGCUUGAUCAUCUUUAUGAAGCAUGUGGUUCUAUGUAAUAACUUGCAAUUUAGUUAUGUAAGUGUUCUUAUUUAAAAUAGAUUUAGGUAAUAGUAUGUAAUUUCGGAUGGUCAAUCUUCUCAUUUUGUUGUACUAUGCUUAUUUUUAUAUGUUAGCUUGCUUGGGAUUGCUUUA